CUCAUCCUGGGGAUCUGGGGGGGCAAGGGCCAGGGCAAGUCGUUCCAGUGCGAGCUGGUGUUCGCCAAGAUGGGCAUCAACCCCAUCGUCAUGAGCGCCGGCGAGCUGGAGAGCGGCAACGCCGGCGAGCCCGCCAAGCUCAUCCGCCAGCGCUACCGCGAGGCCGCCGACAUCAUCAGCAAGGGCAAGAUGUGCGUGCUCUUCAUCAACGACUUGGACGCCGGCGCCGGCCGCAUGGGCGGCACCACCCAGUACACGGUGAACAACCAGAUGGUGAACGCCACCCUGAUGAACAUCGCCGACAACCCCACCAACGUGCAGCUCCCCGGGAUGUACAACAAGGAGGAGAACCCCCGUGUCCCCAUCGUCGUCACCGGCAACGACUUCUCCACGCUGUACGCGCCGCUCAUCCGCGACGGCCGCAUGGAGAAGUUCUACUGGGCUCCCACCCGCGAGGACCGGAUCGGCGUGUGCAAGGGCAUCUUCCGCACGGACGGCGUCCCCGAGGAGGACGUGACCAAGCUCGUCGACACCUUCCCGGGCCAGUCCAUCGACUUCUUCGGCGCGCUGCGCGCCCGGGUGUACGACGACGAGGUGCGCCGGUGGGUCGCCGAGACGGGCGUGGAGAACAUCGCCAGGAAGCUCGUCAACUCCAAGGAGGGCCCACCCAAGUUCGAGCGGCCCAAGAUGACGAUCGAGAAGCUGCUGGAGUACGGGCACAUGCUGGUGGCGGAGCAGGAGAACGUCAAGCGCGUGCAGCUGGCGGACAAGUACCUCAGUGAGGCGGCGCUCGGCGACGACGACAUGCCUUUCUAGUCAAAUUAUCGUUGUACAAGUUUCUAUGAAUUACCAAUGGUUAAAUAUAAUGUUUGGAUGCAUUGAAAGGGUCUA